GAUUAAAUAUCUGAUUUUUGUAAAAUGUCCAACACAUUUUUGUAUUUCGCUUACGGAAGUAAUUUACUCGCUAAAAGAAUACGGCUAAACAACUCAACUGCAGUAGUGAAAAGCAUUGGUUAUAUAAAGAAUUUUAGAUUAGAUUUUCAAAGAUAUUCUAAACGAUGGCAUGGAGCAUCAGCAACAAUUGUUGAAACAAAUGACUCGAUCGUAUGGGGUGUAGUUUGGGAAUUAGACAAGUGUAACUUGCCUACAUUAAAUCGUCAAGAAGGUGUUCAAGACAAUAUAUAUCAUGCAAUGUCAGUAGACGUUAUAACUCCCAAUGGUACAACUCUGAAUUGUAGAGUGUACCAACAAUGUCAUAAUCCAACGGAAUAUAUGAAACCAGCAGAUCUUCCAAUGGAUAGAAAACCUUCACCAUUAUAUCUAGAAACAAUAAUAAAAGGGGCACAAGAGAAUAAUCUUCCCGAUGAUUAUAUAAAAUUCUUAAAAUCUAUACCAAAUAAUGGAUACAAGGGAGAAUAUGAUAUCAGCCUUUCUCUGAUUGAAGACUGAAUUCUACAAUUUUCUUAUUAUGCGAAUGUUUUUGAUAAUAUGGAUCAAGAAUUACAUAUUCUAAUGCCG